UAUGAUAUUUAUAAGCUUAUCACUCUUGAUAUUAACAGUAUAUGGAACAUCAAAUGCUAUUGUAUCAAUUCCUUCAGAUGUAUGUGAUUGUGGCUAAAUUUCUUCUUAAUUGGAUUGCACUUUAGCUAAUAGAUGUAUAUGGAAUUUCUAAUCAUCAUCAUGUGGAUCAAUUACAUGCACAGACAUUUAAGAUUAAUAUAGUUGUGCAAUAAACUCUUAAUGUUUUUGGAAUGGAUCAGCAUGCACAGUAUUGAAAAAUUUGAACUGUUCUUCAAUCACAUUAAAUCCUACACAAGGUCUCUCUGAUUGCAAUGCAGCCAAUAUAUUUUGUGUAAAUGACAGUGCAAAUGCUAAUAAGACAUGUAUUAAUAGAUCAGCAUAAUAUACUUCAUGUAGUAAUAUCACAACAGCUACUAAAUGUGCUGAAAAUGGUUUGGCAUGCAAAUGGGAAUCAAUUACAGGAGGAUCAGGUACAUGUUAACCUAUUGGAUGUCCAAAUUUAAGAACCUAAGAAGAUUGUCUCUAUUAUGCUGUAGAUACCACAUAUAAGACUUUAUAAUUAUGUACAUGGUAAAAUGGAAACUGCAUCCCAGCUACAACAUCCCAAGUUUCUAAAUAUUCAUAUAAUACAUGCUUCUUGAAUACAUUAGGAACAUAUACAUUUAGCUCAAAUAAAGUAAAUGAUGAAGGAAGUUUUACAGGAUAUUGUAUGAGUUGUUACGAUCUAAUAUUAUCAGGGUUAAUUGUAUUGGGAGCUUUAAUCAUUUGAU